AUGGUUUCUCCGGGUGCCACCUCGAGCCCUUUGAGUAUCCUGGUUCCCAAAACGAAGACAAAGAAGAAACAUUUUGUACAGCAGAAAGUGGAGGUGUUCCAAGCCAGUGACCCUGUUCUGUGUCCUUAUGUGGGGAGUCAAUCACUCGGUAUGUCGAUGAAAUUCAUGUUUUUGUUGAUAUUAUUAUUGUGUGUGUGUGUGUGUGUGUGUGUGUGUGUGCGUGUGUGUGUGUGUUCUAACAGUGUCCACUGUCUGCAGAUUAAUGACCUGGUCCAGGUGCCUGACCCUGUCAUGCAUCUUCCUGAUGACUUCAAAGCCAAUACCAAAAUCAAAGUCAGCAACCAUCUCUUCAACAAGUACUGUAGCCUAUAGCCUACUCACUGCAUUCAAUGUUUGUCAAAGAGUAACAACAUAAAUAAUAUAUAUAUUGAUCCAUACUCAAGUGGAGAGUUAGUUAAUCAUCAGGUAAUCUGAUUAUAAAUUCCCUUCUUGACUUGUUCUGUUCUAUUCAAACCUGAUGUGUCUCUCCACAAACCAAUUUGCUAGUAAUUGAAUAUUAGAAGAUAGGUUUGUCUAUGUAGGCCUAUCUGAAUUUCAAAGGUGAGAACUACCUAUGAAGCGGCAUAUUGUGCAAAGAUUGGGAGUGUUUGUGGAAAACACUGACCCAAAGCGUUGUUGAGCGCUUUGACCCAAAGCAUUGUUGAGAGCUUUGCAGCCUUGCAGGUUGUAUAAGGAGGAGAAUUUACAGUAAAGUGCUCCUAGUAUGCUAAAAGGGAAAGACAUCUCCUGUGUGUGGACCAGAGGAGGAGUGGGAGAUGGAUUGUUUAAUCUCUGGGUGCAGCUCAGCUCACAUGAACGCCAUGACGCUCAACGGCUAAGUAGCCAACGCAAUUAGACUCACGAUGACAUGUCCACUGUAAGGAAUGUGAAAGGCAUCGGACACAGAGAGGGUCUGUGUGUGUCUGUGUGUGUCUGUGUGUGUGUGUGUGUGUGUGUUUGUGUGUGUGUGCGUGUGUGUGUGUGUGUCGUAUUAGUAUUUGUCCAAGGCCAGAGAUUGGCUGCUCUGACGUCUCUGUGUUGUUAGGGAUUGGACAGUGGGGUCCUGCAUGUUUCCGAGGCAGAGACCAUAAACUAUAUAAACCUAAAUGAGAUUUAGUGGAUUUUUUUCACAACAUUGAAAAAGUCCUUUGAAAUAUUUUUAAAUAAUAGGUGUCAUAAUAUCAUAAUAUCAAUCAGAUGUCCUCUGAAAUGCCUUCCAUUAUUAUUCAUCCAAUUAAUAUUGCAAUGCUAUUGUAUGCUAUUUUUACAUUAGCCCCUGGACUGCAAUACCUACUCAUCCAAAAUGGUCGUUGCACAAUGAGCUUGUCCUCAGAUUAUUCUUCAGUACAUUAUUCCCAAUAUUAAUCAGUUAUUGAACUAAAUUGCACAAGUUGUGCAGAAAUGCUCAUUCUGAUAUAUGUAUUUGUCUGUUAUCGUCUCUGGUUCUCUCCCUAAGCGGUACCACACAGCUGAGUGUACUUGUGUGAGUGGUUAGCAGCGUGGUGUCCCAUUUCUGAACAAUGAAGUGUGAAAUUCCUGCCUCAAGUUGGGAGAGACAGAGAGGGAGAUACAGGGAGAAAAAACUGAUAGAAAAGAGGCCAAAUGAUAUCCAUGUCUUCAUGGGUUAAUAGCAGUACACUCCUAGAAAAAAAGGUGCUAUCUAGAACCUAAAAGGGUUUUUCGGCUGUCUCCAUAGGAGAACCCUUUGAAGAUCCCUUUUUGGUUCCAGGUAGAACUCCGUUGGGUUCCAUGUAGAACCCUUUCCACAGAGGGUUCUACAUGGAACCCAAAAGGAUUCUACCUGGAACCAAAUAGGGUUAUCCUAUGGGGAGCGGCGAAGAACACUUUUGGAACCCUUUUUUCUAAGAGUGUAGUGUGUCAGGUCAUUAAGUUGAAGUCUUGUUCUGGAGUUUCUCAUGAUUGUCUACAAUAUAUAUAAUUAUUGUCCUAAUGUUUGUGAAUGUUGAAUUCAUAUAGGCCUAACCUUAUAAAAACCAUAGAAUUAGAAUGAGCAGAAUGGGCAUUCCCAUUCAUUCUAUUUGUAUGAUUUAUAUGAUAAUAACCAUAUAACCAUAUAACCUUCAGAUCAUCAGUAAUCCUAAACAACAUUUAGUAACGCUUAUAAUGCUGUAAUAAACAGUAACAAUAGUUACACUUUGUAUGAUCCCUAUUAUUUGUUCCUCUACAGAGAGACUCUUCCAGGACAUUUCAAGUUCAAAGAGUAUUGUCCACAGGUGUUCCGCAAUCUCCGAGAGCAUUUUGGAAUCGAGGAUCUGGAUUAUCAGGUAUGCAUACCAACACACUCCAACAUGGUGAGUCUUUAUAAGCUCUGUGGCUUUGAUAGCCUAUGUCAGGGGUAGGCAACUAGAUUCAGCCGCGGGACGAUUUUUGUUGAAACGGAUGGUCGGGGUGCCGGAACAUAAUUAUAAUAAUUUGUACAUUUCAAAUCAACCACAACUAAGCCCAAAAAUAACAAUAAUUUCAUACCUUGAUUACAUUGAGACACAAUCACAUAUGUCUCUUUUUGUAUUCGUGGGAAUACUUGGGAAUAUAUUUCCUAAAUUAAAGGGAUAGUUUAUCCAAAUUACAAAAUGACACAUUGGUUUCCUUACCCUUUAAACAGAUUAUGGACAAGGUAUGACAGCAAUCCAUGCUUUGGUUUAGUUUCCCUGGCGCUGUUUCCACAUGCCAAUGUUUUUGCAUUUGUGGCACAGGGUUAAGAAACCAAGCAGUAGCUGUGCAUGGGUAAAAUCUCUGAGGAAGCCAAGACAGUAAAAAAGCCAUAUUACAACCUAUGUUGUGAUAAUUGUGUUGUUAGCUCUAUAACCCAUUCGUUCAUAUGCCACCGUGAUAAACAAUAACGCAGUGACAACAAAAAAACAACAGUCACACAGUGGCGGAAUAGAUUCAACUACACAUAAGUUUGUUUCAUCACAAAACCGGAGAUCAACAUCUGUCCGGUGAAGUCCACAAAGCAAAUAUUGCAUGUAACAAACAGGUAUAUGACCUGCAGCAUGGUCAAGCAACAAGCAGUUUACUAAACAACUACUGAUUUAGAACCACAGAGUUACCACAAGUCAGCACAAAGACAACAGGAGCACUGCCUCCGCUAUUACAGCACCAUUUCAAUGUAAACAUUUACAGUGGGGGAAAAAGUAUUUAGUCAGCCACCAAUUGUGCAAGUUCUCCCACUUAAAAAGAUGAGAGAGGCCUGUAAUUUUCAUCAUAGGUACACAUCAACUAUGACAGACAAAAUGAGGAAAAAAAUCCAGAAAAUCACAUUGUAGUAUUUUUAAUGAAUUUAUUUGCAAAUUAUGGUGGAAAAUAAGUAUUUGGUCAAUAACAAAAGUUUCUCAAUACUUUGUUAUAUACCCUUUGUUGGCAAUGACACAGGUCAAACGUUUUCUGUAAGUCUUCACAAGGUUUUCACACACUGUUGCUGGUAUUUUGGCCCAUUCCUCCAUGCAGACCUUUACCCUCUUCCUAGGAUGGAGGACUGUAUUGAUCAAGUUGGGUUAGCAAAUUUGAUCUCUUAAAGGGAUAUUGGCAAGUACCCCUUACCAAAAGAGCUUGUGAGAUUGCUGCCUUUAUAACUCCAUCUGGUUUGUUCUCUUAUACAGUGAUGCCUUUCGGCUUGCGGAAUGCUCCAGCCACCUUCCAGAGGCUGAUGAAUCGGGUGGUCUCAGGUCUGGAAGGGUGUGCCGUGUAUUUGGAUGACGUGGUCGUAUACUCAGACUCUUGGGAGGAGCAUGUCUGUAGAGUGCAAGCCCUGUUCGAAAGACUGGUGUGGGCCAGGUUGACCAUCAAUUUGGCAAAGUGUGAGUUUGCUAAAGCUACAGUCACAUACCUAGGCAAGGUUGUGGGUCAGGGUGUUGUCUGUCCCGUGGAAGCCAAGGUUCAGGCUGUGAAGCAGUUCCCACAGCACUCCACAAAGAAAGAACUGAUGCGCUUCCUGGGAAUGGCGGGGUACUACCGUGCUUUCUGUAAACUUUUCGGUAGUAGUGUCCCCCCUGACCAAUCUGUUGAAGGCCAAGGCUGAAUUUAUCUGGUCCACCCAGUGUCAAGAGGCAUUUGAUGCAGUUAAGGCUCUUUUGUGUUUGGCACCUGUGUUGGCAGCACCACAUUUUGGGAAACCUUUCAAAUUGCAGGUAGAUGCCAGUCAAAUUGGUGCUGGGGCUUCUCCAGGAAAAUGAUGUCCAGUCAGUUUCUUUUCCCGGAAAUGUAUCAGCAAAACUAUUCUGUAAUUGAAAAGGAGGCUUUAGGUCUCAUUUGGGUUUUACAGCACUUCGAGGUCUAUGUUGGUUCUGGUUUAACCCCUGUAACUGUGUUUACUGACCACAACCCACUUAUUUUUCUGAAGUCCGUGCAAAAUCCAAACCAGCGCCUGAUGCGUUGGGCUUUGUUCUUGCAACGAUUCAACCUCGAUAUUAGACAUAUUGGUGGUAAGGAUAAUAUCAUUGCUGAUGCUCUGUCCCGUGCUCCUUUAGCCUAGUUUGUAUUUUCUCUCUGCUGACCCCUGCGGGCUGUCUGUGCCUCCUUUCUCUUCAAUUGCUCCCCAGGUACCAGGGCUGCUGAGUUUGAGGACGGACAGUCAGCUAGCGGACACGGGGCUACUGUUAGAAGCCGGGACUGGUAUCUGUUUUUUUUGGUUUUUGGAUUGUUUUAAAUAUGUUGGGUCAUAAUUUGGGUUGAGGGUGGGACCCUCAUUUUAAGGAGGGGGGUGUCACGGCCCCUCUGCAGUGCAGGGGCGGUUCCUCCUGCAGGCAGAGGAGGGUCGUUAGUGAUUGGAGUUGGUGUGAUUGGAGCCACCUGUGCUCAGGGUAUUUAAAACUGCUUCACUAACCACUCAUUUUUGCCACAGGCUAUGAGCCGGCCUGUGACAGGAGAAAACUGAGGAUGGCUCAACAACAUUGUAGUUACACAAUACUAACCUACAUGACAAAGUAAAAAGAAGGAAGCCUGUACAGAAUACAAAUAUUCCAAAACAUGCAUCCUGUUUGCAAUAAGCAACUAAAGUAAAACUGCAAAAAAUGUGGCAAAGAAAUUAACUUUAUGUCCUGAAUACAAAGUGUUAUGUUUGGGGCAAGUAUUUUUGGAUAAAAAUAAACUGAAUAGAGCUAAGCACAGGCAAACUCCAAGAGGAAAACCUGGUCCAGUCUUCUUUCUAGCAGACAUUGAGUGACAAAUUCACCUUUCAGCAGGACAAUAACCUAAAACACAAGGCCAAAUAUACACUGGAGUUGCUUACCAAGACAACAUUGAAUGUUCCUGAGUGGCCUAGUUACAGUUUUGACUUAAAUCGGCUUGAACAUCUAUGGCAAGACAUGAAAAUGGCUGUCUAGCAAUGAUCAACAACCAACUUGACAGAGCUUGAAGAAUUUUAAAAAGGAAAAUGUGCAAAUAUUGUACAAUCCAGGUGUGCAAAGCUCUUAGAGACUUACCCAGACAGAUUCACAGCUGUAAUCGCUGCCAAAGAAAAGGUGGUCCCGUGUAGCUCAGUUGGUAGAGCAUGGCGUUUGCAACGGCAGGGUUGUGGGUUUGAUUCCCACAGGGGGCCAGUAUGAAAAUGUAUGCACUAACUGUAAGUCACUCUGGAUAAGAGCGUCUGCUAAAUGACUAAAAUGUAAAUGUGAUUCUAACAUGUAUUGACUUAUGUAAAUGAGACAAUCAAUUUGCAAAAACGUCUAAACACAUGUUUUAGCUUUGUCAUUAUGGGAUAUUGUGUGUAGAUGGGUGAGAAAAAAAAUCUACUUAAUCCAUUUUUAAUUCAGGCUGUAACACAACAAAAUGUGGGAUAAGUCAAAGGGUAUGAAUACUUUCUGGAGGAACUUUAUCUUUAAAUUGAUUAUCUUGUUCACUUGCUCUCUCUCCCCUCUCUUUCAUCGUGUUUUCAGGUGAAAAGUUGCCCAUGCGCAAAGAUGUGAACUUCAGGAAUAACAUGCAGAAGGUUUAUGUGAGAGAGGAGGAGAAGGAGAGGAUCAUGGACAAGCUCAACAGAGACGUGAAGGCGAGUGUCAGAGACAGGGCACAGCAUCAGUAGCACAGCAGCACAUUAUACAUACGUGCAGAGUGGCUGGGAGGGAUGCCCCAGUGUGUGUAGGGAGGGAGAAAAGAUGUAUAUAGACAAAUGUGACUGAUCUGUUAUAAGUGGCUAACUGUGUUACGUUUGUCUUCUGUGGGGCUCUCGCUCGCUAUCUAUCUAGUUACUGGUGCGUCUGAGGAUCAUGGACUACGGCCUGCUGCUGGGGAUCCACAAUGUGGGCCGGACGGAGGAGGAGGAGAUGGAGGAGGAGUCAUAUGAUGAUUGUGAUGAAGUGGACAAGGAGAACGGCCUGACUCCUGCUCCUGCUGUGGGCUUCUAUGGCACCUCUCCUGAAGGCAUCGCUGGCUACAUGAACUCCUUUAAACCGCUGGGGCCCGGGGAGUUUGACCCUUAUAUAGUGAGUCCCCAUAGAGAUCCUAUAAUUCACUUCUAGAAUGAAAGUUUUCCUGACCAUGAUUACUGAGUUAUUAGGCAUAUUGCUAGGAUGACAAUUUCCAUUCUACUGUUCUCUCACCGUGGGAGUCCCAGCAAGUGAAUUUUGUAGCUGAACAGAACCUUGAUUAAAAGAGGGUGGGCUCUUUUUUUAAUGUCUUAGAUUUUUGUAUGGUGGUUGAUGAUCUAACUGUUAGAUAAUAUUCUUUAUAAGACAGUACAUUAGUGUAGACACAGUAAGUGAUGAUGACACAAUGGACCAAAUCCUAACCUGAGAGACCCAUUACUUACUUUUGAUACUGCAUCAGGAUCUCCAGUUAGGAUUAGUCUCAUACUGUAUUAGGCCAUGCACAGUACAGUAGCUAUACCUCACAGUCAACAGGGGAGUGAUUAACAUCCAUCCACUGUAUGAUAGCCUGUCACUCACUGCCUGUCUUGCUGCCCAGAGGGAGGUGUACUUCAUGGGUCUGAUUGACGUUCUGACCCACUAUGACAUCAAGAAGAAAGCCUUUCAUGCUGCCAAGACCAUCAAACACGGGCUGAGUGACACGCUGAUGUGUGUUUGCGUUUGUGUGUAAUAGGGAUGUGAGUAAAAAUUCCGACGAUGUAAAAAGGGCUUUAUAAAUACAUUUGAUUGAUCUAUUGUUUUCAAGAUGUCUUCCCUAUAUGAACAUGUUUUAUUCUUAUCGUUGUUGGUUUAUCAAUAUCUGUAUUUGUUUGUGUGAUUCCUAGUCCGGAGCAUAAAUCUCCACCGUUCACCCUGAGCAGUAUGCCAAGAGGUUCCAUGAGUUCAUUGCUGAGAUCUUUGCAUAG